UCAAUGGCGAGAGUUAACAAGUUAGAGGGUCGCCUGUUGGCAAGGUCAUUUGGUGAACAAAAAAGCUCAAGUGGGAGGUUGCGAUUCUAGAAGGCCUUUGCAUUAUCUUUGUUGGACCCACUCUUAUGAGAGAGCGCUCCUCAACUUCACUUCUUGAGUUACACUUCUGCUUUGGAUGAUUAUUUAUUUUGGAUGCCGCAGAUGACUGUGAAGGACUGACACAGGGGUCAUCAAGGGCAACUGUCUUGGCUCCAUCUUCAUUGACACUUUGAAAAAGGUGCUCUUAUUUUUCACCUUACCUGUGUGGGAUUUUCAGAUGGAAUAAUGUCUACAUGUUGGAGUAGAAGAUCGUGGAUUCCAGUUUUGUUUGCUGCCACUCUGGUUAUUCCUUUUGUUCACACCGGAUCCGACCACGACAGAAGGCUGGCGGGCUCGUCCUCGUGCUAUGGAGGCUUUGACCUCUAUUUUGUCUUGGACAAAUCUGGGAGUGUGAUGGACCACUGGACUGAAAUCUACCAUUUUGUUGAGCAUUUAGCUCAUAAAUUCAUAAGUCCACAAUUACGGAUGUCAUUUAUCGUGUUCUCCACUGAAGGGAAGAUUUUAAUGAGCCUGACAGAGGACAGAGAGCGUAUCCGCAAAGGUCUGGAGGAGCUCCAGGGAGUUCAUCCAGGAGGGGACACCUUCAUGCACGAGGGCAUCCUGAGGGCCAGUGAGCAGAUAUACUAUGGAAACAUAGAAGGUUAUCGCACCGCCAGUGUGAUUAUAGCUCUGACAGAUGGAGAGCUGCAUGAGGAUCUCUUCUACUAUGCCGAGAGAGAGGCCAAUCGCUCCCGGAGCCUGGGGGCCACCGUUUACUGCGUUGGGGUGAAGGACUUCAAUGAGACUCAGCUGGCGAAGAUUGCUGACAGUAAGGACCACGUAUUCCCGGUCAAUGAUGGAUUUGAGGCUUUGCAAGGGGUCAUUGAUUCUAUCCUGAAAAAGUCUUGCAUUGAGAUUCUGGCAGCUGAACCUUCCAGUAUCUGUGCAGGAGAGUCAUUCCAGGUUGUAGUGAGAGGAAAUGGAUUCCUUCAUGCUCGCAAUGUUGAUAAGGUCCUGUGCAGCUUUCGCAUUAAUGACACCGUUACUAAAAUGGUCAAACCUUUGAUAGUGGAGGAUACAUAUCUUCUCUGCCAGGCACCUGUGCUCCAGGAUGAGGGAAUGGCAGCAAAUCUUUACGUCAGUAUGAACGAAGGGCUCAGUUUCAUCUCCAGUUCCGUCACCAUUACAACUGUGAGCUGUUCUGAUGGGACCAUUUUGGCCAUUACUCUGCUCAUCCUGAUGCUGCUGCUCAUCUUGGCUCUCCUAUGGUGGUUCUGGCCCCUCUGCUGCACUGUGAUCAUCCAUGAGCCGCCGCCACCUAUUGCGGAGGAGAGUUCGGAUGAUGAAGACGAUGAUACGCCAAAGAAGAAAUGGCCCACUGUAGAUGCUUCCUACUAUGGAGGACGGGGAGUCGGGGGAAUCAAAAGGAUGGAGGUUCGCUGGGGUGAGAAAGGCUCCACAGAAGAAGGAGCAAAGCUGGAGAAGGCCAAAAAUGCCAAAGUGAAGAUGCCUGAGCAGGAGUUUGUGCAGUCCCCCACGCGUGUUCUCAACAACGGCAUGCAGAAACCGCUCGGACCGCACAAGUGGUACUCUCCCAUACAGAACAAGCUGGAUGCAUUGUGGGCCCUUUUAAGGAAAGCCUACAACCGCGUGUCUGUUAUGAGACCUCAUCCAGGUGAUAAGGGCCGAUGCAUGAACCUCAUUCGAACAAAGUCGGCCACUCCUCGCUACCCCCACUAUAACCCGCCGCCCAUCUACACCCCUCCCAGCAGGAGUCCACCUGCACCACAGGGCACUCUCCCGCCAACCCCCUGCGGCCCACCGUCGUCGCCCCUGUUCUCCACUACCCUGCCCUUCGUGCCUUCGACGCCCUCCGACGCAUCCCCCUCCCCUCCAUCCACUCCUCCUUAUUACACCCCGCCUCCCAAACGGGCCCUCCCUCCCACCUCCUUGCACACGCUCGCCGCGCCCGAGCUGCCGCUCACCCCGCCGCCGCCCCUCUCGCCCUCCGGCACCUUGCCCCCGCUACCUCAAGGCCCCGCCCCGGGACGAGCCCCGCCGCCGGCCCGCCCGCCGCCACGCCCCGGCCUGUAGCUGGGAAAGUGAGAAUCCCAGCAAGAAUUCGUGACCAUGUUUGAUUGUGUCUGCAGGAGAGCAAAGCCCAGCAGGCUGUGGCCCACCUGCCUUGUGCAGAGGACAACGAGGAGCUGCUUUCCGCUAUUUGUCUACACUGACUUUUGGACACAACUAGCCCAACGGAUGCUUGAAUCACUGACAUUGAAUCAUAUUCAUUCUCCCGCAGAGAGAUUUAAGUGUCCACUCCCUGUCCAGCUGAGAGAUGAUAGACUCGCACAUGGGAGCACGAUCCUAUAACGAUAAAAUGACUCCAACUGCAUCAUGGAGAAUCCGACACAGCCUUGCGUUUUGAUAUCAAUGAAACCUGAGCAGUUUCAUCGAUCCAUUUUCAAUAGCGUUUGUACUUCUUGGGGUCAAGGGUGAGUUGGAGUCUAUGCCAGUAGACUUUGGCGGAGUGGCGGUCUUAGGUGGGCAUUGGACUGCCUCGUAUGCUGGACUGUUUGGCUCGUUUCAUUGGAAGAAAUAGAAAAGAAGAGAAUUUGUAUUUUUCUAAGGGGAGACAAUCGCUGGGCACGAAUAACCAUUCACACUCACAUUAUGACACCUCUGCAAAUAUUAGAGUCAGUUGAAAAAUUGUAUGUCAUAAUCUUUGUACAGUUCUUAUUCCUUGGUAAACCAGAUUCCGUAUUGUCGUUUACGCACUUGAAAAUGGGCGCGUCCGACUAGAGCAUGUCUGCGAUUGGAGAACUUGUUUUAUACUACUCGUACCGGUAACUUGUUUGUAUGAAGCUGUUGUUUUAAUAAAAGUGUUAAAACAAUCAC